CGAUUCGACGGCGGAUCGCAUAGGUUAUGGUCCGCGUCUUAAAUAAUGCAGUAAACAACUUCAGUCACGCUUUUUAUCGGUCUAUGCGGUCAUUCACGAGGAACGCCCAUGGCAGACGAGCGCCGUGAGACAGUCGCGCAUCUAUCCCAAGCAGAUCCGGGGAACGCUGUGACGUAGGUGUGCGCGCCUUUGGCGGGAAUACGGUUCUCGGGGAUUUAGAAUUUAGAUGCGACGCCAAAAAAUGGCAAAUGCGGUGUUCACGCACAAAACCAAGGAGGAGGAGGUCAUCGAAUGUUUCCUCUACCCCAAGUUCUGUUACGCGUCUGAUCCGGACGCGGUGACGGAGGCGAGGUUAAGCGAGGAGAUCGUCAAGUACAACGAGGAAAUAGCCCAGUUCGUUACCGACCACAUCUGGCAUUGUGAUGACUUAAAUUUCCGUCCUAGGACCAAACAGACGAUGCUGCUGAACCGAACCCUCGAAGGAUCGGCAGUGGAGGAAGAUUAUCAUACCUUGCCACAUAUUUACGCGAGUCUACGUUUUGACGAGGAUAUAGGGGACGAGUGGCUGACGGUGUUCCUAAUAUUUAGGCUCACCAAAGUUUUCGACGGAUUGAUUGCCAGAGUAGUGGACUCGGAUGGAGAAUUUCUUUUGAUAGAAGCUGCUAACGUCCUGCCGCUGUGGGCCAGCCCUGAGACGUGUCAGGACCGAGUGUUUAUUCAUAACGGUGAUAUUCAUGUGAUUAGAGAGAGGGGAACGUCGUUUCCUAAUUUACUGAACAACAUAAACAGCAAGCCGCAUAUUUCCAAGAUGUCUGAGAAGGUGCAGUUGGUGUUGCAGAAGCGAAUUGGCAUUUAUCCUGAUGAGAUUCAGAAAAGGAAGCACAAGACUAGAGCAUUCCUUCCAGAGAAGGCAGCCUCCAUACUUCGUCUAGAACCAAGAUUCAUAGCUCCAGCGAUUAGAACUAUCUGCCAUUCGGAUCCACUCGAACGCAAAGUUUGUCGUGCCAUGAGAUAUUUUCCUCCCGAACAACGUACCAUGGUCAAUGUUAAAAUGACCAGGUGCUUGUACGCGAUGGCGACGCACUGUCGUUAUACCGGCGAUCCAAGAACAGGUUGGAACAUGCCACCUGCAACUUGCUCAAAAUACAAUGCUCAUGUUCUCGGAGUUAAAAUAGCAUGCGGUUUAGAGAUGCUAGUAGCUCGGGCCAACGAGGAACGUAGAAAACGUACCAAAGAACAGUCGGACGUUCCCGACGAUGCUGAAAAGUUAAAGCUGAACGAAUCAGCAUUCAACGCUUACCUAGCUCGUUUAGAGGCGAACGGUUACUUUAGAGAUCUGUUGGAGGGUAGUCAGGAACGUGAUAAACUGUUGUCCACAGCGAAAGAGUAUUUCUUGAAGCAUGCGACUUUAUUUGAUAAUCUAUCGAAUUUGUAUGAAAGCGAUGCUCAAAAAGUCUUAGAAGCAUGGGAGAACAUUCAGACGAAUGACAUUGAAAUGCAUGCUCAAGAUGAAAUUAUGUUGAGUCCUGCGGAUACCGAUAGUUGGUUACACGUAGACCCGAUGCAAUUAGAAACAUAUUUAAACCAACAGUGGGGCAAUGUUAAGGAUAAGAAAUUAGAUCAAGAACCCAUGAGUCUCCGAGAAAAAAUGCAGUCGUUUCUCAAUCAAACUAGCGACAUUGACGGCGUGCAUUUCUUAGGAGAACAAUCAAUGGACAAUGAAAUGCAAGACACGGAGGAUGGUGCGCGAAUAGAUUUUGAUGCAGACGUAUUCGACAGUACAUUAAGAGGCAUCCUUGACUUAGUCGUUCCGGGAGGAGAGGACGAGUUCGAGGGUAGCUCGGAGGGAUCGCUGGGCGGCGACGACGAGGAUAAGGGUGGUGACAUGGACAAGUACAUGCGGCUGUUAGAUUCACAGCUGCAAUCGCAAAUGGUAAUGGACGAGAGCUCGGUAGCGGAUGAUAAUAAUAGCACGGAUCCCGUAGAGGCAAGUUUGCGAGAAAGUAUCGAAGCUGAAGCCGGCGGUUCCGGCCCAGCCGGGAACAUAAUCGGCGGUCCCGUUCGGAGGCUCAUGCACUUGCAAUUGCAAUCACCCACGACGGUACCGCCCGACUUACAAAGUUAAUGGCACUACAUGUAGUAAACGAUUAACAUUAGUCGAUUCACGUUGACAUUCGUAAACAUUAUUACGAUCUUCGCUUCAUUCUGCAAGAUGCAUUUGCCAUUUCAAACAAGGAGAAAAGACAAUGGACUAAAGCCUCGUUACUAUCCAAAUUAUUACACAUUUAUUACUUAAAAUAUAUACUUAAUGUUAUCGAUCAAAGCACUUUUAUCACGCAGUUAGUACCAUUUCAUAUAUGUACUUUUCAUCACUCGGCUAUAUCACUGUUUUUCAUACAAAUUAUAUAUUAACGAAUAAGAUGUUAUUAUCGCGGCCAUAAAGUUAUACAGUAAGAGUCCUACUAUUUAUAUAUGUAUCAUUUAUUUCCACUUUUAUAACUAAUUUUACCAAAUCAGAAUCUAUUACGUGUAAAGCUUUGUACAUUUUAAUUAGAAUAAUGAGAGACACGAACGUUUGUUGUGUA